AUGCCGAUGAAUUGGACUCCAGAGGCCAACGCCAAGCUCUUCCUCGGUGUCUUGGAUCAGCUGAAAGAAAAGAACGUCAAGCUGGACAACGAGAGGCUUGCUGCCUACAUGGGACCUGAAUGCAACAAGAAAUCUGUUGAAAACCAAUUCACCAAGCUCAGGAAGAUGGUUGGCUCGGAUUCAAACAAUAAAUCUGCGCCUGGAACUCCUGCGACUCCUGCAGGUACCCCCAAGAAACGCCGUGCACCCGACAGCGCCAAGUCGACCCCUUCUAAGAAGAAGAAGAAGGAUACCAAGGAUGAGGAGGAGGACAGUUCGAGUGAGGAGGAACGUAAUGUCAAGGAGGUGAGAGAUGAAAUCAAGAAUUUGUAA